ACUCAUAGAAGAAAAGAUCAUGAAACGGAGAUCUGAUCGACAAGUAAGUAGAUACAAUUUCAUCCAUGGAAAAUAAAGUUUUCUUUCUUUCAUAAGUGGGUCAGAAGUACCAGAACAUUCACAGUGAAUGGUGUUGAUGAUGAAAAAAUGACCAAAAUCAGACAGUUUCUAUGCGAUUUGCCACACAAUGCAACAGGACCUCCAAGGAAAAUUGCCGAAUUACUUUGGGACGAGGAAUAUCGUUCUAAACAUUUACUCGGUCCAGUGUUAAGAUCAUCACACACGCAUGAAAGAAAUCAAUAUAUUCCAAAUGAAGAGGAAACUAAGCUAAGAGAUAUUCUGAAGAAAAUUACAAAUAAAUAUAACGAAAACGCGAUCUGGAGAGUGUUGGUACGUGAUGUUGUUAACCAAUUGACGAGAAACGAAAGAUACAAAAAGUCACUAAGACAAAAACCACAAACGAUUCCGAUGUCAACGAUGAUUUUUUGAAUGAAAAUCAGUAAUAAAUUGAAAACUCAUGGAUGAAAAUAUGAACUGGUUAAUUUCAUCCAUGUAUUGGCGUUAAUAUCGGAAUAACCUUACUUUCUUUAUUAUCAUACAUGAAUGAAUUAUUCAUGUAUGUUUAUCAGUCAUGCGCAGAUCAAUAUCACUACUAAGCAUGCGCAAAAAACAUGUGUUCCUUUCUUGAAAUCAAUCAAAAGAAAUCGGAAGUCGCCAUUUUCAUAUUGAUUUAUUUUGUUUAAUUAUAAAUUCAUUUAUUAAAUUUGUUAAUUAGUUUUGUCAACAAUAAAAUUGUGAUAGUAUUUUUGUUAAUUUGUGACAAUCUUGUUCAAAACAUUCGUGAAUAUCAGUUUAAAAUGGCAAAAGUUAAAAAUGCAAAAGUAUCUCAUGCAAAGAAGCGGAAGUUGGAAACAGAGCAAUUAUCAUCAGGUAAAUUUUAUUCAUUUGUUGCCUGAAUUUUACUUUUUUUUAUUAAUCAUGAUUCUUUUAUUAGAUUCAGAGAGUUCUCCGUCUACUUAUUCAAUUGCGUCCUCAUCUUCAGAUUAUGAUUCAGAUGAAAGUGUUUCGAAAAGCAAAAGUAGGAAAAAAGAUACCAAUUCAGAUGACCAGAUACUCAAAGAACUAUCACAAAACAGAAAAAUCAUGUAUAAAAUAUUGAAAUCAGUUGAAAAAAUCGAGAAAAAGUUAGGAAAAAACGUAAAAGAAGAAAAAAUGCCAAAAGAUUCAAAGAAAAUCGCAGAAGAUGAAAUUGUAGAGGCAAUCAAAAAGAAACGUGAAAAUGAUGGGUGGAGAAAAACUGUCAGAAAUUUCAAAGUAAAUGACCUGACCAAGGAAAGAUUGUCAAAGUUGAAAGAUAUUUAUUUUGGUUCCAUUGUAAAGCCACGUAAACUUGCAACUGAAAUCGGCCGAUUGUUAUGGAGUAGAAACUUUAUUUCUCGCUAUUUAGUUGGCCCGAAAACAACAAACAGGAAAAAAGAUAGAUGUAAUGAGUUACCACAAUAUGAAGAACAGCGGCUCAGAGACUGUUUGAAAGUGUUUACAAGAAAGUUUCUUGACGGAAACAAUUGGAAAUGGUUCGUACAAGACGCUAUCAACCAGGCUACCAGAGAUAUCAGAUCACCAUGGGAUUUAGAUCUUCCCAUAAAUGAAACAAACUUCGUCAUGGAUGAAAAUGAAGAUAAAAGUGAAAGUGAGGUGCAAAACCAAGUAUCUACAAGUGAAGAGCGGUCCAGGGAAAAAGAAAGAAAAGAAAAAGAAGAGGAAGAAAAUAUGCGAAAACUGCAAAAAGAGCAUAAAAAGAGGCAAAAGGAUGAAGAGGAAAAGAAACUACAAGAAGAGAAAAGAUGUGAAAAAGAAAAACAAGAUGAACAAGAAAAACAAAGACAAACUGAAAGUGGCACUAUCAUGGAUGAAAAUCAGCGGAAAGCUUUUGAAAGAGCUGAACAUACAAGAAAACAGAAAGAACUUUUAGAAGAAGAGUUGAGACUUAAAGCUCAGCGCGAGCUCUUAGCUCAAAAGCAGCGUGAACUUGGAAUACCAAUGACGAUAAAUUUGGAUCAAACUCAAGUAAAAUACGUUAGCAAGUAUCAUUCAUCCAUGAAAGAUCAAAGUUUAUCAGAUCUGCCAUUGUCAGCCGCAACUAUAUGCAUAAACAACAUGCCAGAUCCAGAAUCAGAUGAUGAUUUCACUGCUAUCAAAAGAACCAUCACCUGAAUAAUACAAGCGCCAUAUAUGAUAAUAACUGUUCAUUCUGAAUCCAGAGUACAAAAUGUUAACACCUAAUCCCUCAAAUUUAAAAUUCUCUCAUGAAAUCUAAUCCUAAAACAUUUCCAUACAUGAUCUCUAUCCAAAAAUUUAUCUGCAAAGUUCAAAAUGUUAAUUUUCAAAUAUUUCAUAUCCAAUUCUUACAUGAAAUCCAAUCAACAAAUAUUUUUCAUACAUGAAAUUCAUCAUUCAUAUCAAAAAUUAUCAAAUAUCCAAUUUUUUUAUUCAUUUACAACU